UACUCUCUCUCAGUCUGAAGUCCCGGGAAAAAUGUCGGUAUCACUUUCCUGAUUUUCUCGCUCAUUUUCCCGGAAAGUUACGAGAGAAAGGAAAAAAAAGAUCGUCUUUUUAAACAAAUUUUUUUAUUUUUGUUCGGCAAAGUUUUGGAGUCACACUAAACCCACAUACAUAAUAAGCAUAUAAACGACAAAGCCAAAAAAACCAACCAAAAAGACUGGAGCUUUUUCGAGAUAUGCUGUUUGAUUUGAGAGUUUGAGUACUUCUCAAAGCAAGAUACUACUUUUGAUGGGAUGUCUUAGUUUUUAUUAUCCCUAAGUUAAGUACUUGUUAGUAAUAUUCUCUGAUGAGUUUCUACAAACAGACAAGAAAGAAAAUGAUGGGUCUUUGUUCUCCUUCACCUUCCUCUCCUUCUUCUCACGAUUGUUCUUCAUCUUCUCCAAGGAACUCGGAGAAGAAGCAGAAGGUGAUUGUUGCAUCAUCACCUUCAAGAUUCUCUACCUACACUAAACAGAGUGUAUCGAUUGAGAAGAGAUUACUAAGUUAUCAGGAUUCUAAUUGCAACGUUAUGCCAAAGUCUUCAGAGGAUUUGAGAAAGGAGAUUGCUUCACUCGAGUUUGAAAUUUUGCGCACAGAACAGUAUCUGCUCUCUCUUUAUAGGACAGCUUUUGAUGAGCAAGUUUCUUCUUUCUCUCCUCACACAGAAACGAGCUUAGUUUCUAAUCAGUUUUAUCCCAAAUCCGAGCAAUCAGAUGUUACUAGUGUGUUCAGCUACCAGUAUCAAGCUUCUCCGGCGUCUGAACGUUCCUCUUCGUGUCCUCCUAGGAGUUUCCAAGCCAGCUUAAAAGCUUUGUCUGCAAGGGAGAAGACUAGAUAUGUUUCUGGUAAUCACACUACUCUUGGAGAUCUUCUAGGUUCUUCUCAUAUAGUGGAUAACGUGGUGAACCCGAGUAGGCUCUCUGAAGAUAUCUUAAGAUGCAUAUGUUCUGUGUAUUGUACACUCUCCUGCAAAGCCAGAACCAGUUCUUGUCUUCAGGCUUUUGCUUCUUCACCCUCAUCUGUCUCUUCCAAAACCACUUUUGAUAGCUGCAACUCGGCAAAUGUGCCACGCAGUGUUGUAAUAGAGUCUCUAGAACUUCACCUGGAUGAUGGUAGUUUCAAUCACGCUGCUCUCAUGCUCCAAAACUUCAGAUCACUAGUUCAAAAGCUUGAGAAGGUUGACCCGAGUAGAAUGAAACGCGAAGAGAAGCUCGCGUUUUGGAUAAACAUUCACAAUGCCCUCACAAUGCAUGCCUAUUUAGCCUACGGAACUCACAACCGUGCCAAAAACACCUCGGUUCUAAAGGCAGCUUAUGAUGUUGGAGGCUAUCGCGUAAACCCUUACAUUAUCCAAAGCUCAAUCUUAGGCAUUCGUCCGCAUUUCUCACCACCUUUGUUGCAGACAUUGUUCUCGCCAUCAAGAAAGUCGAAAACUUGUAAUGUCAAACACAUCUACGCCUUGGAAUAUCCCGAGUCAUUGGCUCAUUUCGCUAUUUCUUCAGGAGCUUCUACAGAUCCUCCGGUUCGAGUAUACACCGCUGACUGCGUGUUCCGGGAUCUAAGAAAAUCCAAAGAAGAGUUCAUAAGAAACAACGUUCGUAUACACAAUGAGACAAAGAUAGUAUUGCCCAAGAUCGUUCAUUACUAUGCUAAAGAUAUGUCAUUGGAUGCAUCUGCGCUCAUGGAAACAACGGUAAAGUGUUUACCAGACUCGACGAAGAGAAUAGGUCAGAAGCUGUUGAAGAAGAAGAGCAAAAACAUUGAAUAUUCACCGGAAAACUCAAGUUUCCGUUAUGUAAUCGUUGAGGAACCAACAAGAAAGACAUGAUGAAUCUACUCUAUAAUGUAAAGUAUACAAAAACGUCAUGUAGUUUGUAUUUUAACAAACGAGAGAUAAACUACA